CUGUAGGGAGAUGUGCACUCCCAUCGAUACAAGUGUCAGAAGCAGAAUCGACAGUACGAAUGGAUACAACCUUGAUCUUCACGCCUCGGAAUGUCAGCGUUGGCUGUUACACGCUUCACCUCGCAAGAACAAGUCUACAUAACUCAAAAGUGGUUGCCCAGAGUCAUUAUUCCCCCAAUUAAUACUCCGAUGAGUAGACUGAAGAUCGAGCGUCUACACUCUACACUCUCGCUUCACCCGCAAGCCCUCGAAACUCAACGUGGUGUUUGUUAUACUUGGGUCUCGUUCAAAUAUCACCCCCGCGACGGAAACGCUUUCCUCCGUGUCCAACCGCCCCCGGUGCGCAGUGUCGACGGACAUGCACCUCACCUCGGCCGCAUUCUUCGACAGUGGACAGACACGUUUUUACACACUGGAUUGGCAGUACAGGUGCAAGGAGACCCACAGCUUCGCGAUACGCUGUCCGCUUCUGCAACUGCCCUUUGCUGGAUGUACGCACUGACGAGUUACAGGAUGUCUAUACCCGCCGAUGAACCUCUCUCUCUGCACUACGAGGGUGGUCACGGAGAAAAGCCCACUGCACCGAGAUCAGCAACGACAAACAGCGUACGAAGGCACUGUGAUCAGAUAAUGCCAUUUCUAUAUCUCUUAUAGAACAGAAUAUCACUCCGUUUUUUCGACCCCGGUUCCUCGACAGCGGCCUCAGAUCCUUCCAACCCGAACCUCCAGUUUCCGCAAAUCCCGUUACACUCGUCAA